GCAAAGAUGGAGAGGAAGGUGUCUCGCAGAGCCAAGAAGGAGGAGGAGGAUCUCGAAGCCCUGAUAGCAGAAUUCCAGAGUUUAGAUGCUAAAAAGACCCAAGUAAUUGAAUCACCCUGCCCACCCCCCUCACCCAGGCUGAACGGCUCCCUCUCUGCUCACCCUGAGAAAGAUGAAUUGAUCCUUUUUGGAGGUGAAUAUUUCAAUGGCCAAAAAACGUACCUAUAUAACGACCUCUAUGUUUACAACAUCCGGAAGAACAGCUGGUCUAAAGUAGAGAUCCCCAACCCACCACCGAGGCGAUGUGCUCACCAGGCAGCGGUGGUGCCCACAGCCGGCGGCCAGCUGUGGGUGUUUGGCGGGGAGUUUGCAUCUCCCAACGGGGAACAGUUCUAUCAUUACAAGGAUCUCUGGGUCCUGCAUUUGGCUACCAAGACCUGGGAGCAGAUCAAGGCAUCAGGAGGUCCCUCUGGACGAAGUGGACAUCGAAUGGUUGCUUGCAAAAGGCAGCUGAUCAUCUUCGGAGGUUUCCAUGAGAGUACAAGAGAUUACAUCUAUUACAAUGAUGUGUAUGCUUUCAACCUGGACUCCUUCACCUGGAACAAGCUGGCUCCAUCGGGGAUUGGGCCUACUCCAAGAUCUGGGUGUCAAAUGGCUACCAGUCCUGAGGGCAGCAUAAUCGUCUAUGGAGGCUACUCCAAGCAGAGAAUUAAGAAAGAUGUUGACAAAGGCACCCUGCAUGCAGAUAU